CAUUUUCUCCCAAGAAGGUGUUUGAACAGCUUCCAGAAUAGCGAACUGCUGAGAGUCAAGUUCACACCGAACGGGCGACCAUUCAACAGCUCCUAUCCAUUAUCAAGAGUUGCUUAGCCGUCACUCUCACGAAUCUGAAGAAAAUGCAAUCCUUACAUCAUCAAUCAUCGUAAUAGGUAGGAAGAGAAUGGAAAGCUUGAUGCAUCUCGAAUUCAACCAUUUCAGGUCGAUGUCAUAAUUUGAUUACCAUUUCAAUUCAAUUCUCUGAGUCGAAAUCCAAAACCCUGAUCGCCUUCAUCAAUGGCGUCUCCAUCAAAUUCUUCUGCGAUCGAUCGAAUCAGUUUCCGGACCCGAGUCCUCGCCGGACACCUCGACACGGGAUCGGUUCCCUCCGACGGCGGACUGGUCGAGCCCUCGCCGUGCCUCAGCUACUCUCCGCCGGAGAUGGAGGAGAAGUUCGGGUUCGACGUGGCCGAGAUGAGGAGGCUGAUGGAUGGCCAUAACGUGGCGGAUCGUGAUUGGCUCUUUGGUCUGAUGAGGCAGAGCAAGCUGUUCUGCCCUAGGGAGCAUGGCGGGAGGGUUUUUGUGUCGCCGGAUUACAACCAGUCGAUGGAGCAGCAGAGGGAGAUGACGAUGAAGCGAAUUGAGUAUUUGUUGGAGUGCGGCGUGUUCGAUGGCUGGCUUACUGGGAAAGGGCCUGAAUCGGAGUUAAGGAAGCUGGCCUUCUUGGAGGUUGUUGGCAUAUUUGAUCACUCCCUCGCCAUUAAAAUUGGGGUUCACUUCUUUCUGUGGGGUGGAGCCAUCCAAUUCUUUGGCACAAAGCAUCAUCAUGAUAAGUGGUUGAGGGACACUGAAAAUUAUGUGGUCAAGGGCUGCUUUGCAAUGACUGAGUUGGGGCAUGGAAGUAAUGUUAGAGGCAUUGAAACAGUUGCAACAUAUGAUGCAACUGCCAAAGAAUUUGUGAUUAACACUCCAUGUGAAUCUGCCCAGAAGUACUGGAUUGGAGGAGCGUCUAAGCAUGCAACACAUACAGUAGUUUUUUCACAGCUAAAUAUCAAUGGAAACAAUCAAGGGGUCCAUGCUUUUAUAACCCAGAUCAGAGAUGCAAAUGGCAACAUUUGUCCAAAUAUCCGUAUAGCUGAUUGUGGUCACAAGAUUGGUUUAAAUGGUGUUGACAAUGGUCGAAUCUGGUUUGACAAUGUCCGGGUCCCCAGAGAAAAUUUAUUGAACUCAGUAGCUGAUGUUUCUUCAGAUGGGCAAUAUCUCAGUGCAAUAAAAGAUCCAGACCAGAGAUUUGCAGCAUUCAUGGCCCCCUUGACUUCUGGUCGUGUAACCAUUGCUGUCGCUGCUAUUUACGCAUCAAAGAUUAGUUUAGCAAUUGCAAUAAGGUACUCAUUGACCAGGCGGGCUUUUUCUGUUACACAAAAUGGACCUGAAGUUCUUUUGCUUGAUUAUCCAAGUCAUCAACGGCGACUCUUACCCCUUCUUGCAAAGACAUAUGCUGUGAGUUUUGCUGCUAACUACUUGAAAAUGAUAUAUGUGAAGAGGACCCCUGAAUCAAACAAAAUGCUCCAUGUUAUCUCAAGUGCGUUCAAGGCUACCUUAACCUGGCAUAACAUGCGAACUCUUCAGGAAUGUCGUGAAGCCUGUGGAGGACAAGGUCUAAAGACUGAAAAUCGUGUUGGCCAUCUGAAGGGUGAAUACGAUGUGCAGUCCACUUUUGAGGGUGACAACAAUGUUCUUAUGCAACAGGUUAGCAAGGCACUUCUUGCUGAAUAUAUAGCUGCCAAGAAGAGGAACAGACCAUUUAGAGGUUUAGGACUGGAGCACAUGAACAAAACAAGUCCUAUUAUCCCUUCUCUGCUUACAAGUUCUAUCCUCAGGAGUAUCCAUUUCCAGACUGAUAUUUUUUGCCUGAGAGAGCGAGAUCUACUUAGUCGAUUUGCUGCAGAGGUUUCAGAACACCAAGCACAGGGACAAAGCAAAGAAUAUGCAUUCAUUCUGAGUCAUCAGCUUGCUGAAGACUUAGGCAAGGCCUUCUCAGAACGAACAAUUUUCCAAACCUUUAUAGAGGCAGAGGAAGCUCUUUCUGCUGGACCGGUGAAGAGCAUGUUAGGUCUUUUGAGAUCAAUGUAUGCAUUGAUCUGCUUGGAAGAAGAUGCAUCAUUCCUGCGAUACGGGUAUCUAUUACCAGAAAAUGCAAUCGCAAUCAGGAAAGAAGUGACAAAGCUUUGCAGUGAAGUGAGACCACAUGCACUAGGCCUGGUGAGUUGUUUUGGCAUACCCGAUGCUUUCUUGAGCCCCAUAGCUUAUGACUGGAUUCAAGCAAAUUCUUGGUCGUCUGUUCACAAUUAGCAGCUUUUACACCACAGCUCUGUUAUUAUUAUUUUGAUCAUAUUGCGCCAUUUCCUAGUCAAAUGACAAGUUCACACCAUAUGUCUGGCCAUUUCACUUAAGGGCAGGCUUUGUGAAAAGGUUUACAUGUAAAAAGCAAGUGAUUAUAUAGCAUCAUAAGUUGUACCAUGACAUCCCACAAUGCAAGCUACUCCUUGGUACUUUGGAACUCUGAUUUAUGCAUGCCUUGUAUGAUAAGUUGUACCUUGUUAUUUGUCAUUUGGAAUUGGAGAUUCAAAAUCUAUUGUCAGCAGAUGUUAUUGUUGGAA